UUUCGUAAUUUGACCAAAUAAACCCUCGUACUUUUACAUGGUUGUUUCAUUCAGGCACUCAGGCCAGAUAUGCAAGAAGAAGGAAAACAGCAAGUAGAUGCUCGGGAAGUGCCCUUUCAGCUCACGCCAAGAGAUACUCAAGAUCCCAGCUACUCCCAGUUGGAGUUGCCUUACAGGGUGAUUUGCCGGCAAAGGCUGCGCCAGCAGGCCAAAGUAAUGCGCGAGCAAUUCUUCAAAGAACUGAAGUGUAUGGAGUUGUUUCAAAAUACGGCGCUGGAUGGGGUGCGACUUCAUCGGGAGUUCUGCCCAGUGGUCAAGACCAGAGUCAGAAGGAACCAAAGCUGGGGGGAUUUUAAGCGUCUGGAGCAGCUGCUCAACGGCCGAGAUUUGCCAGAAUGAAGCAUGUAGCUCAGUUUUUAGACUUUGCUAGUAAAGUGGGGAGAAAAUGCCAACAGAGUUGUUUUGGUUAGUGGGUCUUCAGUUACUGAACCACGAUGCAACUUUCGAACCUUUAAAGUUGCAAACUAUCAGUCAUUUAGUGCACGAUUCCUCGCGAUACUUCCAUCUGCUUAAACGCGUGGAAAUCUCUGUUAUCCAGGACGAUUUUUCCCGUUUUGUUUGCGAUUUAUCCACGCAUUUCCCUCGCCCAACCGGCUCUUGACAAACUUUCCGGAUUAAAGCGGCUUAGUACUGAUUUAUUUUUAUCUGGCGGGCAAUUUUAAUUUUCUUCAAGGGGGGAAAGCUGGCGCCGCCCCCACCGCUAAUGAAUAUAUAAGACGGGGCACUUUUUGCGAUCAAUCCCCAAGGCGCAGUUAUUUAUAUCCCGAUUUUGCGUCGUUUUCUAUAAAAAAAAAACCGCGAUGGCAUUGCUUACUUUGAGUGUAAAUUGCUCAGUUUUAAGAUCGAUCCAGAACAGCAGUCUCUGCUGGCCCGGAACAGAAACAGUGAUUGCAGCCUUUGAGGUUUAGGAUUUUUUACUCAAUCCUGGACAUGUUCAACAGUGACCGUAAAAAUAUUUAAUUGCAGCGCUUUAUCGCGUCGAGCUGUAAAGCAGGCAAACGCGGCCGUUUUAGAUAACGACUGCCUUGCACAAUAAAACGGCAAGAAGCGAAGAUAUUUUAUGGCAGCAGCGUUAAUUUCUCUCAUUAACAUUCCAGCUGAAAGUUACGACGUUUCAGGCACGGUCUGGAACGAAGUGGACGAGUUAAUAUCCACUCUCUCGGUGCGAUAAAAUGACUCACCUAGAAGCAGGCAAAACUGUGCUCACUGUGUACAUUCAGCACUCAAUCGCCUGCCAAUUAAAAGAAAAGCCACCCGCGAUAAGAACAGUUAAUUAGGCACCUAUCAGCAGCUCCAAGGCCUACGAAAGCGCAGUCUUUAAAAUGCGGCCUACCUACAUUGUGCUGCUUUCAGCUUUCCUGCAGCUUACCUUCGGAUUCUCGCUUACCACCGGCUACUUGAAGUACUUCAGGAGAAAAGCCAUUGAUAUUAUUGACCAAGCUGGACCAAAUGAUGACUGCGCCAGGCAGCUAAAAGCCUGGAUUGGCGAGCUGUUUGGGCCAAAGUCAACAUGGGCAAUGAAAAUGUUAGAUGCCUCAGCCAAGCUCCAAACCGGGCUCUACAGCUUCAACAUCUUCCACUUUGGGGACUUUGAUGGCUGCCUCAACAUCAAAGAGGAGAAAAUUGGAAUGGGGAUAAUCGAGGGAAAGUAUUGCACUGCUGCCGUCCUUCCAGCUCAGAACUCCAGCAGCGACCUGGCUCAGAUUCUGAACUUUGUGACGAUCGUUCCAGAAAUGACUGGAUCCCAAAAAGGAAAAGAUAUGCAGCACAUCCUGAAGAUAUUGAAGGUCAUCUAUGGUCUUUGUCUACCAAAGGCUUGCAGCGCCCUCAGCAUUCAGAAGCUGUGGAACCACUUGGAGGCCUCUUUCAAAAUGCCCCUACGUGUGGCGGUGGACGAAGAUUUUUGCACCUUCACAGGCAAAGUUCCUUUUGUCUUCCAAUGGGACACUAUAGUCAUUUGGGGUUUCGUUGUGUAUGCAGUCUUUGUGUUAGCGGCAACAGUCUGUGACCUCUCGCAAUUGACCCCUAGAGUUCCAGGUUGGAUCCAGCUGUUGAGGCCCUUCUCGCUUUACAGGAACGCCCGCAAGAUACUGCUGCCAGGAAAAAAGGCCAGCUGGGGCUGCCUGGAUGGCCUAAAAGUAUUCAGCAUGUGCUGGGUGAUUUUUGGUCACGUGUACACCAUUGAGAUCCUCACUGGAACCACCAACAUGGUCUCAUACUUCCAGUGGAGAAACUCACUCUCCUCUUUGCUGGUGCUAAUGGCGCCCUUUGCAGUCGACACGUUUCUAGUGAUCAGCGGCCUUCUACUAGCCUACAAAUGUUUGGAAGUGAGGCAGGCUUUGGGAGGAUUCCCGUUUCUUCAGUUCUACCUGGGAAGAUUCUUCAGACUGUGGCCCACCUUGCUGGCCACCAUCUUGCUCUACACGCACAUUUUGAAGUACUUGGGAGAUGGGCCAAUUUGGCCCCUGAUUGCCCACAAGACUGCGCUCACUUGCCGCUACUCUGGAUGGGCGACUGCGAUGUUCGUCACCAAUUUCGUCAAGUUUCAGCAUCAGUGCAUCGAGCCCAGUUGGUACUUGGCCGUGGACUGCCAGCUUUAUUGCUUGGCCCCUGCUUUGCUCCUGCUGUUCUACAAGAGCCCCAAAAGUGCCUGCUUGAGCCUCAUUGGGUUGUGGGCGUGGUCAGCUGGGCAUGCCUACAAUACCACCGUGCGCUACAAAGAGAAUUGGACACCGGCUGAAGGCGAUGAUUCUUUUCAUCUCCGCAUCUACCAGUCGACUUUGGUGCGUUUGCCUCCGUGGGUGUUGGGGCUUGUGACAGGCGCCUUGAUCUAUCACAAGCCCCCCGCAAUAAGCAGUCUAGUGGCAAGGUGGCUGUGGGGGUGUACCUCUUUUUUGUUGGUGGGCGUGAUCGUAGCCCACCACGCCCUGAUGCUUUAUCCCUACAACGAAUACCACUCGGCCUUAUUCAACGCCACUGCCCGAUCUGCCUGGGGGCUGGCCAUUUGCCUCUUGAUCCUCCUCUGCCUUUCUGGACAUGGAGGAGUUGUUAACUGGGUACUGUCGCUGGAGUUACUGCGGCCGCUAGUGCGGAUCUCCUACAGCGUCUUCCUGCUGCACUCUGCCGUUAUUGCGGUUCUGCACGGCCAGAAGCGCACGCCCGGCCAUCAAACCACCUUCAACAGUUUGCAGGAUUUCAUCGCAGAUCUGCCCUUUAUAUUGCUGGCUUCCUUCGUGUGGUGCCUGCUGUUUGAGGCGCCGUUUAUCGGCCUGGCCAAGCUCCUUGUUGGAGUGGGCAUAGUCGGUAGGCGCACCACACUGGAAAAGACACCCGUAGGAACCCUCAAGCUUGCUUGACCCAGACAACCAAAACUCGCCUUUUAGCCUUAGGUUUUUUAUCAAAUAAUAGUUAAUGAUUGUGGAUAAGGGUAACUUAACAGGGGGCAGUUUGUACAGGUUGUCAUAAAUAUUAGCGAUUGCUCCAAUUUACAGCAAUUAGACCUAAGAGUACGUAGCCUAGAUUAAUGCCAAGUAAUACUAGUCGAAUCCUCCCCUACACUAAUAAACUGAGACUAUACGGGGAAUAAAUGCGAAUACAAGCAAAA